AUAUAAAUUCUUUCCUUCUAGCCGUCAAAAUGACAGCAAGCAGCAGACAAAAACAAUUUUGAUCGCAUUGAACUUUGAAGUCGAGAAAUAAAUUAAAAUGACAGUCCAACAGCUUAACUCGAAUAUUUCUGACGACUCAGAUGAUAUGGUUAGUUUGCCGUCCGAGGAAGAUAUUUAUAGGAGAAAAUAUCAAUUAUUACUUGAACGAUGUGAAGUCUUGCAACAGGAUAAUGAAAGAAUCAUCAAUAGAAUACAGGAAGCAAAGAAAAUAACAAAGCGCUAUAGUAAAGACAUUAAGCUGCUAGUCGAAAGACUGGAUAGUCAUGGAGAUGCCUUUAGGACCGCUUCCAUGGAGCAGGAGACGAAACCCGAAGUAGUGUCGAAGCCAACUCGGGCCCCACCCAAGGCCCAGUCAUCUAAACAAAUGGACAAACAGAAUGCUACUGGAGGAAAAAAACCAGGCUCUAAAAGAAAAAGCAAAGCAGAUAAACCGGAAAGAGAUCCUAACGCCCCAAAGAAGCCAUGCAAUGCAUUCUUCCAAUUUUGUCAAGAACAAAGGCCGUUGAUCAUAGCUGAGGCUAAUACAGAAGUAGGAGCAGAGCCUACUAAACAGGAAGUCACAAGGCAGUUGGCUUCACGAUGGAGAUCCCUUAGUAAUGAAGAGAAAAGGGUGUAUGUUGCUAUGUUCGAGAGAUCUAAAGAGAAAUAUGCAGAAGAAAUGUCAGCAUACAUAAAGAAAGAACAAUGAUGGUGUUUGCAAUACUAGCUCGUAUUUCCCUUGUGAUUGUCAGCUUUAAGUUUAGGUUAAUUAAUUAUAAUGUUUUGUACAA